AUGCAAGCAUAUUUAAAACUAUUGCUAUUCUGUGUUAUAUUUCUUCUGUGCGAAUGUGAAGUCAAAUGUUAUUAUACAAAUAUUAAAAAUAUUGACUGGUCUGACGAAUUAUCACCGUCAUCCUCCUCAUCAUCACCAACAGGAGAAAUUAUUCUAUCUCAACACAUGCCAUCAGCAGCAUUAACAGCAUCUACGAGAGGACAGUUUAUGGGUUCUGAGGUUGACUAUUAUCCAACUUGGUCAGAACCAUAUUUAUACUUAAAACCUCAUCGAAAUAUUGAUGAAGAAUUAAGAAAACUGAAAGCUGAACCACCAAGAGGAUUACCAAAUGUUAUGCGAUAUGGUUAA